AUGGCUUCUCACACGAAACAGGACGAUUUCUGUCUCGAAUGCCAUUGGGAGGCCUUCCAUUUGGACGGGAAAGACUCGGAAGACCCGCAGGAGACGACUCCUGCGGCUGCCACUGCCACUGCCACCACUGCUACUCACCCGUCGUCGCAAUGGGAUUGUCAAGGUGACGAACACAACGCCUCGCUGGCUCCUUGCGAUGCCGAUGAAACUUGCUGCGACGAGGACCAUUGUUCCGACGAUUGUGGUUCCGUCUGCGAUGGUUUUGUCGACUGCGAUGAGUCCACCGCGUGCUCUGCGGUGCAUUGCAAUGACAAUUGCGAUGACAAUGACUGCCAAAACCCCGACCCGGCCUGCUUCGAGGACCAUUGCUUUGGGAACGAUGACAGCCAUGUCCAAGGCACGGACCACAGCCUCGAGUCACUAUUAGGGUUGGGAGCCCCUCUCGCCCUAGAUUCCGAUGAAUUGCUUUGCUCGGCUUCCCUCAACCAUUCAUCCGACGACCAGCUAUCUAAAGCUGCCGGCAACCCCGUGUCGGGGUUCAUGGGCCCAACUUCUUCCGCAGAGCACUUCAUUCCUCCCUUCUCCACAGCGAUGCCUCACUGUCACCCGCAAAAUACGCCCCAUUUUCACUGUCAUGACUUUCCCAAAGAGGUUCACGAUAAUUUGAUGAACCAGUCCUAUCCUUUACCCAACUCAGUGAAUCCGGCUGAAGUAUUCCACAUGCUGGGCAUGUGUCCUGACCUGUCGGCCUGCCAGAACUUUCAUGUCCAUGAAGAUCAAACCCUUCACCAACACCCUACAUCAGAACCCUCCAUCCCCAAUCCGAAUCCGAACCCGAACCCUGACCCAAACUCAUUUGCCUGUUUCCAUAUCCCGCACUUCAAUGCCAAUGAUCUCAUGAAGAGUCCGGCGCAGUUGAAUGGCAGCGCGUCGAGGGGGCCAUGUCGCUCACAUCACCGAUGUCGGUCUCAUGCUCAUGCUCACACCCAUCAUCACCCAUACGCUCAUUACUCGCCCUUUUCCCGCCAUUCCCGAUCUAGCAUCAGCUCGCAACUACUGUCCAGUCCUGGAGAGUCGCCGCCUCCGCUAGAGGGCGGCUCCUCGGUCAUCACGAGUCCGGAUUUCAGCCCCACGGACCGCGACCUGCACGUGUGUAAAUGGGUCUCGAGCUCGAACGGCAUCAAAACCACCUGCGGAGCGGCCUUUUCCGACUGUUGCGCUCUACAAGAGCAUUUGAUCUCUCGGCACAUGGCCACUGUGGAGGGAGCCAAGGGGACUGGGUAUUAUUGUUGCUGGGAGGGAUGUCACCGGCCGGACGAGCCGUUCUCGCAGAAGUCCAAGCUGCAGGGUCAUUUCUUGACGCACAGUAAUUAUAAAAACUUUCGAUGCUCUGUUUGUGGGAAGUUCUUCGCGCGUCAGGCCACGCUGGAACGACACGAGCGCAGUCACCGUGGCGAGAAGCCGUACAAGUGCUCACAGUGUGGCAAGUCGUUCACCGACAGCAGCGAGCUGAAAACGCAUUCGCGGACACAUACGGGCGAGAAGCCAUUCAAGUGCACGUACCCGGGGUGCAACUUCCAGACCGGCGACUCGUCGAAUAUGUCCAGUCAUCGAUUAACUCACGGCGAACGACGCCACAAAUGUAUAUACCCAGGAUGUACCAAAAGCUUCACCCGACCUGACCAACUAAAACGACACAUGCGAUCCACGCACAAAGACGAGACAUCCCUAAUGUCCCCGCUCACAGAUACAUUCGACCUAUCCUUUCCCGCGGUGGCAUAA